AUGAGGAAUUUAGUGGUUCUUUCCUGUGCCGUGCUGCUGCUCGCCGUCAUCUGGGCGGGCUAUCUGUACCACAGCACGUACGUCCGGAGCAGGCGGGUGUUCCGCGAGGAGUAUGAUUUUAUUGUGGUGGGCGGCGGCACGGCGGGCAUUAUUGUGGCCCACGAGAUCUCCCUGCACAGCAACUUCUCCGUGCUGCUGAUCGAGGCGGGCGGUCAGUUCGGCUGGCUCUCGUCCAUUCCGCUCGCCUGCACGCUUCUCCAGGGCUCUGCUGUGGAUUGGGCUUUCAGGACGGUGCAGCAGGAGCACGUGGGACGCGGCAUGCACGGCCGCCGGCUGUGCUAUCCGCGCGGAAAGGGGCUCGGUGGCUCUGGGCAGCUGAACUACAUGCUGCACUCAGAAGUAGUGCCAGAAGAACUGGAUCAGUGGAUGCAGCUGGGCGGGAAGUACUGGGGAUUUGAGUCGCUCAAGUGCUACCUGGCAAAGCUCUAUCGCAGCGGAUUGCAGUGCCACGAGAGGUUCUGGAAUGCGAGGCGAUUUCACAAGACAUUCAUCGACACGGAGACCAGCAAAUUGUCUCACAUCCUGAACAAGGCCACAGUGGAGCUGAACUUCAGGAACGAGGCUAAUUACACAUUCCGUCUGGCUGAGUACACGACCAAGAACGGGCGCAGGUGGUCGGCUUUCGAUGAGUACCUCUAUCCCAGUCUGCGGCGCCCCAAAUUCCACCUCAUGAUGCACACGCAAGUGCAGCGCGUGAUCUUCGAUGGUGACAAGAGGGCGAUCGGCGUGAAGAUUCAGUCACAGACUGGACAGAGGCUGAUAAAGGUGCGCAAAGAGGUGAUCUUGAGUGCCGGAGCGAUUCAGAGCCCACAUCUGCUGAUGGUGUCUGGCGUGGGUGAGGAGAAGGAGCUGAAGAGAUUCAACAUUGACGUGGUGCACAAUUCGCCACGCGUCGGGCGGAAUCUCUUCGAUCACCUCACGACGCCCAUUUACGUCUCCAUCAAUGAGACUCUCUCCGUGACCAGGGAAAAAGUAUUGAGCCUCAAGAAUGCCUUCAAGUACUUCGUGAACGGCAAAGGGAUUCUCUCCAAUGCCGCCAUAAUCGGGACGGUGAGGGAGAAGAAUGCGUCGCACAGCUUGAUGAUUUUCGGCAUUGGAUCGGCCGAUGAAGCGUCGCUGAAGGUGAUUUCGAAUUACGACCUGGAGACCUUCAACGCACUCUUCCCACUCAAUGGGAAUCACACGCAGGAGGGAUUCAUUCUCAUCGGGACGUGUCACUUUCCGCAGAGCAGAGGAUUCGUUGGUCUGCGCGGCAGUGCAAUAAGCAAAGCGCCUCUCAUUGAUCCCAACUUCCUGGCCAACAUAAGCGAUGUGCAGUGCAUUAGAGAUGCGCUGAAGCUGGGAAUGAAGGUGGUUCAGACGAAAUUCUUCCAGAAGAUCGGCUCGCAGAUUCACUGGCCGAAGCUCAGGCAGUGUCGCCACGUGAUUCCGCCGGAAGGAAAGGAGCCCACAGAAGAGUUCCUCGAGUGCGCCAUCCGGACGGUGUCCGUGUCUGGCCACCAUCCGGGCGGCACGUGCGCCAUCGGACAAGUGCUGGACAAUCAGCUGCGAGUCAAGGGCGUGCGGAAGCUGCGCGUCAUCGACGGCAGCGUCUUCAUUCAACCCCUGUCGGCCUUUCCCAACUCUGUGAUCGCCGCGAUAGCCGAGAGAGCGAGCCACAUGAUCCUGGAGAAGUAUCUGAGUGAGAGUGAGUCAGAGGAUUUCUAAAAUAUUUUUAUUUUGAGACUCUCUGUCCUGCUCUCGGCCAACAAAAUUAUUCAUCUUCUCUUUGUUAAUGUAACAAUUGUUUUUUUUUUCAAAUUCUCAAAGAAGAAAAAGUCUACAUCUCUUGAUUUAAUAAUGUUUUUUUUUUCCUUUCCUCCCGCGUUAAGGCAGCGAUGUCCAGCGUGCUGCGCGUCGGUUUCAAUUUGAAUCUCCGCGGCAUCCGCACACGAUUGCCACCCGAGCAGGUGCGAAACCGACCGAGCACGACAAUCGGCCACAUUUGAGUCUUUAACUGUCACUGGUGGACAUCCCUGCUUAGGUUUUCUUUUUACAACAUUUCUCUCGAUUACAAGUGAAGACUAAAUAUAAACUUUCUCUCUUUUAAAUACUUUUAAGAUAAUUAUAAGUAUUAAACUUUAUUGUAUUUUUUUGUUUUUUAUAUAAUUUCAUACUUUUUUUCUUGGAUUUGAAUUGUAACACUUUUCCUGCUUCACUAGAAAUUCUUCUUUAAAACUGCUUCAUCUGGUUUUUUUCAUUUUCUUCUGUCUGCUACAGAAAAAGAAAUCUAUUAUUUAUUGAUCUUUCGAAGAUAAUUUGCAGGUGUAUAAAUUCAUUGUUAAUGACCGUUUUGAGUGGCAUUUUGUUUAUCUUCGUAAAAAGGAAAUUAUCAAUAUUCACGUCAACUGUUCUUGUGCUCUGCGUGAGUUUACUUCCUCUUCGACUCUUUUAAAAAUAUACUCUGCGCUACAUAUAUGAAAUUUUACUUGGUCGAACGUGUUUAUUUUAAAGUUUAUUUUUCUAUUUUAUAGUUUUUUUUCUUCAUUUAAUAUUUCUUCAAUAAUUUUUUUUGUUUUUAUUAUAUUCUAUUUUUUUACCUCUUCUAAGAUCUUAAUUUUUUUUCUUGUUAUUAUAGAAUUAUUUCCUCUGCUACAUUUUUUUAAGGUUUCCUUGUUUAUAAUUUCUGUCAUUAAAAUAAUU